CCAGUUUGUCUCGGUACUAGGUACCAUGCAGAUCUAAGCACAAGGGUAGAAACCAUCCCGGACCAGGCAGGUCAUCCCCAUGCAUAACUCCUGAAGCUUCAACUAAAGGGUUGACAUCGCUCUUUUCUGCACAACAAAACAGUAGGCAAGGAAAAAUCGUAUCAGAAAAUCACAAUGUUAUCACAUUCUGCCAUGGUCAAAGAGAGGAAACAACAAGCAUCAGCCAUUAUGGAUGAAAUACACAGAAAUGUCUCAUCCAGCUUAAACCUUGGAAAAAAGGUCAGCACCCCCAGAGAUAUCAUGGUAGAGGAACUAUCGACACUCAGCAACAGAGGUGCAAGACUCUUCAAGAGACGUCAGCGGAGAUCUGACAAAUACACAUACGAAAAUUAUCAUUAUGUACCAAACAAGCCAAGAAAUCGUGGAGAGCCCAUACAGAGUGCUAAAAUGGACAGCGUCAGUGUUGACGGAAUUCCCCAGCAUGCCCCAAUGACACCUCCUAAUACACCUGAUCCCCGGAGCCCACCGCAUCCUGACAACAUUGCCCCAGGAUAUUCUGGACCACUGAAAGAAAUUCCUCCUGAAAAGUUCAACACUACUUCUGUGCCAAAGUAUUACCAGUCUCCCUGGAUAGAAGCCAUUAGAGAUGAUCCUGAGCUGCUGGAAGCUUUAUAUCCCAAACUUUUUACACCUGAAGCAAAGCCAGAACUACCGGACUACAGGAGCUUUAACAGAGUUGCCACUCCCUUUGGUGGUUUUGAGAGAGCAUCAAAGCUGGUUAAAUUCAAGGUACCAGAUUUUAACCUACUGAUGCUAAAUGAUCCCAGAUUCAUGAUCCUUGCAAACCCUCUUGCUACCAGAAGAUCCUUCAAUAGGACUCCUAAAGGAUGGACGUCCGAGAAUAUUCCUGUGGUGUUCAUUCAGCCUUCGGAUUCUAACGCUGUUCCAGAAACAGAGGACCUGUGAGAGAAGCUGCAGUCUACAUCGUACAAAAUGCUGAAAGCUGCACAUCCAUGUAUUUUUGGUCCAAAUAUUACUAAAGGCUACUGAUAAAACUUUUUCCUUGGCAGCUGGAGUAUAAGUAAUAAGGUCUGAUGCAGUAUCUCUUUUCUGGCACCCAGUUUCAUCUGUAGACAUAAUAUAAAUAAAGUAAUUUGGCAAAU